AUUUUGCACUGUGGGCUCAGGCUGGCCAGAGCCAGCUAACAAUAUUUCUGAGUGCAAGCCUAGCAGGGAGGGGCCACUGGGAGUCAGGAGAGUGAAGCUAGUGUUUACCUUAUGAUGAGACAAUGCUGCUGUGGUAUACAGACUGGAUUGCUGCUGCUCUGGCAGAGAAAUUUGUCUGUGUCACAUCUCAUCAAAUUUUCUAUGUCAAGCCACGUCAUGUUAGAAAAAUCCAUUCUGCUGUUGUCUCUUCAGAUAAGUCUCCUGGGAGUCACUCUUGGUGGGAAUGUUCUGAUUUGGCCAAUGGAAGGUAGUCAUUGGCUAAAUGUUAAGAUAAUUAUAGAUGAGCUGAUUAACAAACAGCAUAAUGUGACUGUCCUAGUUGCUUCUGGUGCACUUCACAUCAAGCCCACUUCCAACCCAUCUCUGAGAUAUGAAAUAUAUAAGGUGCCCUUUGAGAAAGAAAAUGUGGAAGAAACGCUCCAUACGUUAAUUUUUACAUGGAUGGAAAAUAAACCAUCUCCUUCAACCAUUUGGAGAUUCUACAAGGAGAUUGGCAAAGCCUUCAUGGACUUCCAUGCACUGAGUAGAGAAAUCUGUGAUGGUGUUCUCAAAAACCAAAAGCUGCUGGAAAAGCUGAAGAAAAGCAAAUUUGAUGUCCUGGUAUCAGAUCCAAUAUUUCCUUGUGGUGAUAUAGUAGCUUUAAAACUUGGAAUUCCAUUUGUGUACACCUUGAAGUUUUCUCCUGCAUCAACAGUGGAAAAACACUGUGGGAAGACACCAUACCCUCCUUCCUAUGUUCCUGCUGUUUUAUCAGAACUCACUGACCAGAUGUCUUUUACUGACAGAAUAAGAAAUUUCAUCUCCUACCAUCUACAGGACUACAUAUUUGAUACUCUUUGGAAAGAGUGGGAUUCCUAUUAUAGUGAAGCUUUGGGUAACCAUUGGCUCAAUCUAAAGAUCAUUCUGGAGAAUCUCGCAGACAGGGGGCAUGAGGUGACUGUGUUGGUUUCUGCAGACUCGCUCAUCAUUGACUACAGAAAGCCUUCCACACUGAACUUUGAGGUGAUCCCUAUAUCUCAGGAGGGAGAUUUUUUUGCAAAUAAACUAAAUGACUUCUUAGACUUAGCUACUACUGUCAUGCCAACAAUGUCACGCUGGCAGUCAGCAAGAAAAAUGCAAGAAUUUCUUCUUCAACUAACUGGACAUUUAAAACUUCUGUGUGAGAGUGUAGUCUACAACCAGUCAAUCAUGAAGAAACUCCGGGAAACCAACUACGAUGUAAUGGUUAUAGACCCUGUGGUGCACUGUGGAGAGCUGAUUGCUGAGUUGCUGGAAGUCCCUUUUGUGUACACACUGAGGUUCUUUAUGGGUGGCACUGUGGAGAAAUACUGUGGGAAACUCCCAGCUCCACCUUCCUAUGUCCCUGUUGUCAUGGGGGCACUUACGGACAGAAUGACCUUCCUGGAGAGAGUAAAAAAUGUAAUGCUUUCCCUUUUCUUUGACUUCUGGCUCGAGCCAUACGAUAUUCAGCUUUGGGACCAGUUUUACAGUGAAGCAUUAGGUAGACCCACUACGUUAUGUGAAACUAUGGGGAAAGCAGAAAUUUGGCUAAUGAGGACAUAUUGGGAUUUUGAAUUUCCUCGUCCGUACUUACCUAAUUUUGAGUUUGUAGGAGGAUUGCAUUGUAAACCUGCAAAACCGUUACCUAAGGAAAUGGAAGAAUUUGUCCAGAGUUCAGGUGAACAUGGAGUUGUAGUGUUCUCUCUGGGGUCAAUGGUCAAAAACCUCACAGAAGAAAAAGCCAAUCUCAUUGCCUCAGCCCUCGCUCAGAUUCCACAGAAGGUCUUAUGGAGAUACAAAGGAAAGAAGCCAGCCACAUUAGGAGCCAAUACUCGGCUCUAUGACUGGAUACCCCAGAAUGAUCUUCUUGGUCAUCCCAAAGCAAAAGCUUUUAUCACUCAUGGUGGAACAAAUGGGAUCUAUGAAGGUAUUUAUCAUGGGGUCCCUAUGGUGGGAGUUCCCAUGUUUGCUGACCAGUAUGAUAACAUUGCUCACAUGAAGGCCAAAGGAGCGGCCGUGGAGGUGAACAUGAUCACAAUGACAAGUACAGAUUUGCGUGAUGCCUUGAAAACUGUCAUUAAUGAACCUUCCUAUAAAGAGAAUGCUAUGAGGUUAUCAAGCAUUCACCACGAUCAACCUAUAAAGCCCUUGGAUCGAGCGGUCUUCUGGAUCGAGUUUGUCAUGCGCCACAAAGGAGCCAAACACCUGCGGCCAGCUGCUCACAACCUCACCUGGGUCCAGUACCACUCUUUGGAUGUCAUUGGGUUCCUGCUGGCCUGUGUGGCAACUGCUAUAUUUUUGGUCACAAAAUGUUGCUUAUUUUCUUGUCAAAAAUUUGGUAGAACAGGAAACAAGAAAAAGAGGGAAUAGAUCAUUCUCAGGGUGGUAUAAGUCUGAGUGGGCAAUCUUGUUCUGUUUAGCCACAAUGACCUUCAUGAAAACAUAUCAUCUUCAUCAUGUUUUCAAAAUUCCCAUUUCUCUACCUUAGCCUACAGAUAAAGCCUAGAAUUUGACAAUACCAUCAACUAGUGAGCAUGUCCUGUUCUUCCUUUGUCUUUUACCAGAUGGCUUUACCUUCUUCCUCUCACUUUCCUGACACAAGGACACUAAUAGUUUUAUGUAGAUUCUAUACACAAUAUUAUCAUUAUUUUUUAACCUGAAGCGGUAUGCUGACUAACAAUAUGCUAAAUCCUGGGGAACACACAAAAUGAGAGCUAAGUUUGAUGGAUGUAGGGAACAUGGAAGAAUAAAAUUCACAAAUUCACCUAGAACAUACAAAUCAGAGAAACAUCAUAGAAGAUUAGUAUGUUAUAAGAAUAGCAUUGAUUUUUUUUCUGCUUUCCCAAUGUUACUGGAUUCAGAGCAUGAAAUGAUAAUAACUGGGAUGGCACAUCACACUAGGAUAGGUCUACAAAUUUCCACUGAACACAUGCAUAAUCUUGGCUCACAUUCCACCUUUAGUCAAUAAGUAUAUUGGGUACCUUCUUGUGCAAGGGCCUUCAAACAAAAGAGAUCAAUUAGUCAUUUUUUCUACAGGACAGAAUGUAGCAAUAUGUUAAAAGUAAGCAAAUCACUUUUAGAGGAAAUAAUAGUACUAAAUAUAAAUAAUUUAUUAAUUUUAUAAAAAUUUUAAUUAACAGUCCAAUUAAUAAAGAAGUGAAAUGUCAAUUUAUCAUAUUUAAAAAUCACUAAUGCUCACAAUCCUUAAUCACUAUAAUCAAAGGUUUAUUUUUGUCAACAAAACAAACAUUUACUGGGGAUAUAUGAUCAUUAUAUUCUGUUUCAGUCUCUAUCAUCUACAAAUUUAAAUCCAUCAAUUACUUAUGCCAAGAAGAUAUUAGUAGUUCUCCUUGACCAUAAAUGUUAUAGUAAAUAUUUAUCAAUGCAAAAAACUAAUAAAAGACAAAUGUUCAUAUUUGAAUCAGCUUUGCAUUCAUUUAACAAAUAGAUUAAGAUUGAACUUUCUUUACCCUUUAUAAACUCAACUAAAGGCCCGGUGCACAAAAUUCAUGCAUGGGGGGGGGUCCCCUAAGCCCAGCCUGAACCCUCUCCAAUCCAGGUUAUUAUGUUUUGAGAAUAACUUUAUUUUUGCUCCAUACCUAGUUUAUUUUCUGCAGUUAGUCUGCUCAUGUGCCGUAACAAGAUACUGCAGACUCAGGAGCAUAAGCAACUAAAAUUUAUUUUUUCACAAUUCUGGAGGCUAGAUAUACAAGAUCAAGAUGCCAGCAGGGCCUGGCUGUGGUGGCUCAGUGAUUGAGCAUGGACCUAUGAAGUAGGAGGUCACUGUUCAAUUUCCGUUAGGGCACAUGCCUAGGUUGUGGGCUCGAUUCCCAGUAGUGGGUAUGCAGGAGAUGACAAAUCAAUGAUUCUCUCAUCUUUGAUGUUUCUAUCUCUCUCUCCCUCUCCUUUCCUCUCUGAAAUCAAUAAAGAUAUAUUAAAAAAUAAAGAUGCCAGCAGAGCUGGUUUCUGGUGAUGUCUCCUUGCUGACUGCAGAGAGCAACCUUCACCCUUUUUCCUCUCAUGGCCUUUCCUCUGUAUGCCCCUGGUAAGAAAAAGAUGCCUUAUGUCUCUUGCUCUUCUUACAAGGCUACACGUCUUCUGCUAUUAGAGUCCAUCUUCAUGAUCUAAUUGAUUGUAAAUAUCUUGUUAAAGGUCUUAUCUCCAACAAUAGUCACAUUGGGAGUUAAGGCUUCAAUAUAUAAAUUUGAGAGUGUUACACAAUUCAGUCCAUAACAAGUUCUACAAAACAAUUAUACUUGUUUUGACUUUAAUCAACAAAUAUUUCUUGCAUGCCUUUUAUGUACAAGGGACAGUUCUGAACAUUUUUU